GCAACGUGAUGCAACGUCAACAAACUUUUCUGUGUUUUGCAAACGCGAAUGAUGUUUUUAGAGUAACUACAUGCAAAACGAUCAAAAACCCUAGCAUUCUGACGGUUCUUUCUAAUGGUUUGAGCAAAGUAAGUACGGUAACCUAAUAACUGAAGUCAAAAUGGCUAAAAAGGAUAAUUUGAACAGAGGAAGUAACGUAGAAACAUAUAGGAAACGCAUCGGGAAACAGGAGUAUCAGCGAAAUAAAGUUGCCGUAAAGUCUGUCAAGGAUGCAGCAGAUGCAAAGCAGUCAGCUAUUGGAAUUCAGGAAGUUCUGUUGGUAUUGCUGGCAAUCUUUGUACUUCUUGCUUCAAUAUACCUUAUGUUCUUUCUAUCAUUCACAAAGGAGUAAAUGAGUGAAGUUCGAACAUAACUAAAAUUGAAAUUCUGCAAUUGCAAUUGUUUGCAAAAAAUGAUUUUCGGUUUUGAAUUGAUUUAUAAUUUUUUUAGCAUUUAAGUGUAGUGUGUAGUUAGUUGUUUUAAAAUUGUUUCUGAAAGAAUUUUUAUUUAGUUUUUAGUGAUAUUCAUAUGAAUAAGCAAUUAUGUUAUGUUGAAAGUAUUUCACCUUGUUUGUUUACUUUAACUUUAUGGAGCAAUUGAUUUUAAUAUGGAGCACUUUUAAUGUUAAACUUUUUUACUGUGAGUAAUAUACAAGUUUCAUUUAAAAAUAUUUUAAACUUUAACUAUACAUAUCGAAAUAUAUAUUUUAUUAUGCCCACAGUUUUAUCAGUAAUUACACAUUAAUACUGCUUUAUGUGCUGUUAGUUUUAAAUGAUUAAAAAAUAAUAAUGUAAA